AUGGACGUUGAAUCAGCCGUGAAGUCAGAAGAAUCCCAAGAGGUCUUCCAAGUGGAAGAUGUCAAACUUGACCGUGUUUACUGGAAGUUGGAUCUCCGGAUCAUUCCUGCUCUAUGGUGUCUAUACUUUCUGAGUUCUUUUGGUACCUCUGCUUAUGGUAACACGCUUACUAUGAAUUUCCAGCAAGGACAUUCGCUGAAGGAAACUCUCAAGCUUACUUCCCAUGACACCUCGACGGCUUCUGCGUUGGAGUUCGUUGGAUUUAUCAUCUUUGACCUGCCAAUGAACCUGAUUAUGACCAAACUGUCGCCGCAGAUCUGGCUCAGCAGAAUUAUUGUGAGUGUCGGAGUUGUUUACGCAUGUUAUGCGGCUCUGAAAACUAACAGUGGUCUUGUGGCCAUCAGAUUCUUCUCAGGAGUCUGUUCUGCCGGAGUUUGGCCUGGAAUGUCCUACUACAUUUCCCUGUGGUACCCAGAGCACCGUACUGCUCGCAGAAUCGGCUACUACUUCACUGCUGCGCAGUUGAGUGCCUCUGCUGCCGGUUUGGUUGCUGCUGGUUUCCAGAAAAUGGACAUGACCCGCGGUCUGGAGGGAUGGAGAUGGCUGUUCAUCGUCUACGGUUCCAUCACUGUGUUUGUUGGAUUGCUGCUAAUCUGGUGGCUGCCAGACCGGCCACAGCACUUGGCCCAGCCAUCCAGAUCGUUCCUCCCGGCUUCCAUUGCCAAGUUCUUCACGUCUCCUCAGCCGCUCAACGAACGGGACCGUUCGGCUCAUGAACAGGACAUGCGUCACAGAUACACCAAGAUCAACUGGGGCUGGAAAGACGUGAUCACCAUCAUUCUGGACAUCCGUGUGUGGCCGUUGAUCCUCAUGUAUUUCGGUGUUGUUGGUACCGGUUUCGGUCUGUCUGUGUUUGGAACUACGCUGAUUAGUGCUUUGAACCCGAACCUCUCUGGAAUUGACGUUUCUCUGCUGUACGCUCCGAUUUGGCUGUUUGACCUUGGUGGGAUUCUGCUGGUGACUCCGUUCGCUGACAAGUUCAAGAAACUGCGUUCUGUCUUUUUCUGCGGAAGCACAGUCAUCAUCAUCAUCGGAAUGGUGGUCACCACAUACGCUCACGGGUUCUGGAACAGAUACGCUGGUCUUUUGAUUGCCGGAUUUGGUCUUGGCCCUACUGUUCCGAUCACAAUGACCCUGGCCUCGGAGAUCAUGACUCCUGUCUACGGAGAUGUGGGAACCGCUGUGUCUGCAGCCCUGGUCUCUGGUCUGGGUAACCUCGGAUCGGUGGCCGCUACUUACGCUCUGUACAGCGGAUGGCCUGCAGACGUUCCUCGUCUUUACGAAUACUCCAACAUGAUGCUGGUUCUGAUCUUGGGAGUCAGCAUUGUCAGCUGUGGAGUGCUGGAGAUUAUCAGACGCAACAAGCGGUUUAAUAGAGCUUAA